CACUUAUAUUUUUUAUAGCGUUUGUCAAUUCAAAACGCUAUAUUUGUUAUCGCGGGAAAAUAAAAUAUUUUAGCCGCGUUAAUUUGCUAAGUAUAAACCUAUUAGCAUUGGAGAUCCAAAAUUAAACGCUAUUGUAAAUGUAAAAUAUCUCAAAUUUUUGUAAAAAUACUUAAAGUUAAUAUUCUUUGAUCAGACUUGAUACAUACCCGUCGAUCUUCUUCACUUUUUAUUUUUUGAAAUCUUUUUUCACUGUUUCUGAAACCCUAUUUUUCUUCAUUGUUUCUCAAAAAAAAAAAAAAAUUUUAAAAGCAAUCGGUUCAGACCAGAAGAACGCUCGCUCGCUAGCCUUUUACUAUUUCUGUAAAUCAAAAUCCUUUUCGCAAGCUAUUCUGUGGUACUGUUCUUAGGUUUCGAAAUCAUUUUUUUCUUCUGGCGUUUUCAUCGCGCUGGAGGUUUUGGAGUCAGCUCCUCACCGUCUCCAAUCGUCGUCUGCUAUCCUUCGCCGUCGCAGUCAGCUCCUCACCGUCUCGGAGCUUCACCGUGACCAAGCCUCUUCGUCUUGCUCUGCCGUCAUCGUUGGGCUCCAGAUCCGGCGAAGAGAAAGCUUCGAUCCUCUCCAAUGGUGGAGUGUUACGUAGUUGCAAGACAGGUCCCUGAACUUUUGCUUUUGAUUUCUGAUCUUUGUUUCCAGAGCAGCCCGAGUUUGAAGAUGGUUUUAACGAGAAUGCAGAAGCUUCAAGAUCUAGCACCAACCAUGCUGGAGCUCUGGAAUUUGAUGGAUACACCCAUAGAAGAUCAGCAAGAGUAUCAGCAGAUUACCUGCAAUAUAGCUGCAUCAGAACAUGAAAUAACUCAAGCCAAUAGUCUCUCUGAAGACUUCAUCCAAUACGUUGAGGCAGAAGUUGUCCGAUUGGACGAAGUAGAGAACUUUUUAUGAAGAAGAGAUCAGAGCUAGAGGAGAUAUGUAGGAAAACCCACAUGUUACCAGUUUCAGAUAGUGCUAUGGAUCAGACUAUAGUAGCCAUAGAAUCUGGUAUUGCGGACACCACAUUGGUCCUGGAGCAUCUUGAGCCACAUAUAUCUAAGGUCAAAGAGGAAGCUUCAAGUAGGAAAGAGAUACUUGCUCAAGAAGAGAUCUUGAGCAACAUAUUGUGGACGCCACAGUCUCUGGCUUAUGAUCGAAGAGGCAGAGGAAAAGACUAUGUGAGGUAUCUUACUUGAAUCCACAACUCAAUCAAAACCUCAAGGAGGUGAAGUCGUGGCUGUGGGUGAAGGAAGAUGAUAAUCUAGGCUUAGCAAAGUGUCUUGAGGUAGAGGAAGCUAUAAGGUAUUCCGUGCGAUGGCUCUAUAUGGGUCUGAGCCUAAUGCGUAUACCUAUAGUUAAUUCUAUAUGGAAACAGCAACGCUGAGCCUGUGGCUGAAGCUUGUGCCCAGCUGACUCAAGAGUUCUUUAAGGGUGAUACUCUCUGCCGCUUGAUCACUUCACUUCAUUAUUUGAACUUGGAGGUAAUUUCAGAUUCAGACAAAGCAAUGCUGCAGGAGAUUCAUUGUAACGGUAGGGUGGGUGAGAACUUGAAGGAGGAGCUUGAGAACUUUAGUGUGCAGUUAGGGGAGCUGAGAAGGAAUAAAGCUGAGAAUGAAUCGGUUUAAGGAAGUUAUUGAUCAGUUGUUGAGCUUGUCGUUUCAGUUUGGAGAUUUUACGGAUUAUCUGAAGUGGUUUGGUGCAGAAGAGACUGAUCUUUCGCUUCACAAGUUGGAGGAAAUGCGUAGGCAAUUGGCAAUAAAGGAUGAGCUUGAUGGUGGUGAGGAGAAGAGCUUGAUGCUUUUAGUUCAUUUUUGAUAUAUAGAGUUUUAAUUCAUGUUCUCAUGUAUUGACUUUGUGUGUUUUAAAUUUGGAGUUUAACUCCAUGUACCCCAUACCCUUCACAAAAAUUCCCCUUUGACCUUUUAUUAUAAUAUAUUAUAUUUUUCAUUUAUUUUUAAAUAGAAAAAGUGGUUAAUUACGGUUGUAUAAUAGAGAUAUAAGGUAUUUACAGGAUCCAACCACGAAGAUCCGACCCAGACCAAGCAAACCGGACAGAUCCGACCCAGGUAGACCUAAACGUCAUCGUUUUUGUGUAUCUUCAACUCUCCUUAUUUUUUUCAACUCUGGAAAACUACUCCAUUUCUUUCGCGAUAGAAAGGAGCCUUCAACGGCGACAGACCCUAAAAUCCCCGACUCCUCCAUUUUCUUCGUUUCUUCUUCUUUCUCUGUGAUAAUCGAGUUCGCCCAUCUCCGAAUUGACUUCAUGCGUAUUUGUAAGUGAUUUAUUGUGGUUGAUUCUCUGUGAUAUGUAUUUUAGGUUAAAUUUUUUUUGGGAAAUUGGGAAAAAAUUAUCAAUAGACGAAACUAAAGUAUUGUGCUAGUUUGUGGUAUGAAAUUGGGAGAGACAUGGUGAAAUUGUGUGAUUUAUGUUAUGAAUAUGUUAUGAUAGAAACUAUUUUGGGGAUUGAUUUUAGACUCCUAUUUUAGAUGAAAUUGUGCGAUUUUCAUAUGUUUUUCUACUGAAUAAGUUGAAUUGGUAAGAUGCUUGUUAAAUCCGAGACUAUAAAUUAGGGAUAAAAUAUAUAUGAAUCGGAUAUGUUUGGUUUUAAUGGGAGUUAAUUGAUGUUGUGUUGUUGUUUGCGGUUUGCAUUUAGAGUGAUUUAGUGUUGUAAUGUUUUGUACAGGAAAGUUAUGAAGGGAAAUAAAAAGGUGGCAAAGAAUAAGGGAGUCCCCAAUGAAAGGCGUCGUCUAUCUCUUAGGCCGAGAACGACCCCAAUUGCAAAAACACCAGUAAUUCCUGAGGGGAGUAAGAAGAGUAAGAAUAGUAAGAAGAGUACGCAAGAGAGAGAACCGAGUCACGUAUCACUCUCAGUCACAGAUGAGUCCGAAAGGGAGGGGUCUGAAAGUGAGGUAUAUAUUUUGUAUUCAUUGUAACUGUUAGUGAAAAAUGCCACUUGUAAUUAGUAGUACUGCUAGACUUCUUGUAUUACUAGCAUUACUAGACUUCUUGUAUUACUAGCAUUACUAGCAUUACUAACAUUACUAGCAUUACUAACAUGUAUAUAUGUAUUUUCAGAGGAGUAAGAAGAGUACGCCAGAGAGAGAACCGAGUUACCAAUCGCGCUCAAUCUCAGAUGAAUCCGAAAGGGAGGGGUCCGAAAGUGAGGUAUAUAUUUUGUAUCAUUGUUACUGUUAGUGAGAAAUGAUGACUUGUAAUUAGUAGUACUAAUAGACUUCUUGUAUUACUAGCAUUACUAAGUACUAGCAUUACUAAGACUUCUUGUACGUAUUUUCAUUGCAGGAGGAAAUGCAACCACCGCAACCCCUUGAGUUAUACUUUAAAAGCAGUGAGUUCACGAAGAUUUGCAAGAUACAAACCAAGUGCUAUGUGAGCGCGACAGUAAAAGUCAUCAAGGAGACGCUUAAGAAGGAUCAGGCCGAAUGGUUCACGAGCCAUUCCCAGUUUCGACAUUCCUUUCACAUGCCAGAGGAACCAAACCUGAAGCUCCAAGGGAUGUGGAUGUUACUCCUGCACACCAUUUGUACUCCAGAAGAUGAUGUUGCAUGGUUUGCGGUUAAUGGUGUACCCAUCCGCUAUUCUAUGAGGGAGCACGCCCUCAUCUCUGGCUUAGACUGCACUGAGUAUCCGAGAAAAUAUAAGAAGAUCGGGGGUCAUGAGUUCGUGAAUUACUACUUCCAUGACAUAGAGAAGAUCACCAUCACUGAUGUGAAGCAGAAGCUGUUGUCUAUGCCGGAUUGUCCAGAUAAAUUGAAGAUGGCUGUCUUGUUUUUCCUUGGUACUAUUAUCAGAGGAAAGCCAAGGUAUGAGGGAAAUUUAGACUCCUUCAUAUUGAGGAUGGUGGAUGAUUUGGAUGCUUGCAAAACAUUUCCCUGGAGUCGUCUAACAUUUGAAGAUUCAAUAAGGGAGAUUAAGCGUGUGAUGAACCAUUUAAAGGGAGAAGUGACAAAAGAUGCAGUCUCCUUUCCUGGUUUCAUAGUCCCCUUAGAGGUAAGCAUAUAAUUUAGUAAAAGUUUUAGUUGUUAAAUAAUUGAAAAUCUGACAUGUAUGUGACACUGGAUUCUAUAGGUUCUGGCUUUUGAGUGUAUUCCUGCUCUGGGGAAAGAGUUUAGAAUCUAUCAAAAGAAUCCUUGUGCGGACUGUCCAAGGAUGUGCAAGAGCCGGUUUACAAAGACCAGUGUGAGGGGCUAUCCUUUGGAAGACAUAUACCGAGCGCUUGGAGACAAAAAGGUACAUGUUUACAGUUAUAGUAGAAGCUAGUAGAACAUAAAAUUUAAUUAGUGUUAUUUUUUUUUCCAGACUAUUCACAGUGUGUUGGAACCAAAUAUUGGUGAGGAAAUGUUGUUGGCUCGUAUCAUUGACUUGGAACGAGAGUAUGACCGUCAGGGCAGCCCAAGCGAGACUUGGAACCACUGGUUAACUGUGAAGCAGAAGAGUAUUUGGUGGGAAGAGCUGUAUGAUUUAGAUCAAGCUGCACGAGUGUUUACAAAAAAGAAGGACAAAGAAAAGGUGACGUUAGCAGAAGCAUCAUCCUCUGAUUCGAGCUUGCAAGGUCUGGAAGAGAGGCUUUUGGAUUUCAUGGGAGAAGCAUUUGUUGGACUUAACUUUACGGUGGAGACAAAGCUGGAGGCUGUUGAUUUGAGGCUGGGUGGAAUUGAAAUGAACCAGCGGCUGUUGAGAUGCAGGGCUAAACAAAUAGAAAAAAGGCUAACAUCUAUCGAGAAUAAGGUGAGUGAGAAGCCGAAUCGUGGUGAAGACAUGGAUUUUGGACAGUGCGAUGGUACGGAUUUUGGACAGUGGGAUGGGAAGGAAAAAGAUGAUGCUGAGGAAGAAGAGAAGGAGAAGAGUGGCAAAGAGAAGGAGAAGAGUGGAGAGGUUGAUAAAGAUAAGGAAAACAGCGAGACUGAUGAGGAAAAUGGUAGUGAGCGAGAGUUGAACGAACUGAAGGAGAGAUGUAGAGUACAGGCUGAUGAACUAUGGAAGGAAGUAGAGGCAGCUGAGGCUGAAGAGGAUCAAGCAAAUGACGAAAGGAAAGAGGCUGCAACCAAUGAGGAAAGCAUUGAGAAUAAUGAGGAUGAUGAGAAAGUGGAGGCAUCUGAGUCUCCAAACAGUGAGCCUCGUUUUGAGUCUCCGAUCAAUGAGCCUCGGGUUGAGGCAGAUAAAACUCCAACACCACCAUCUGGUGGUAGGACUAAGGAAAUGGCUGCGAGGAGAGUAGUUCAUUCACCACCAAAUACGUGGCCAGUAGUGGUGGAAGCCAAGGAAAAAGCUAUUGAGAAAGCUGUGGAGUUAGAGAAAAAAACUAGUGAGGAAGUUGUGGAGGCAGAGGAAAAAACUAGUGAGAAAGCUGUGGAGGCAGAGGAAAAAACUAGUGAGACAGUUGUGGAGGCAGAGGAAAAAACUAGUGAGAAAGCUGUGGAGGCAGAGGAAAAAACUAGUGAGAAAGUUGUGGAAAGGAUGGAUGGGACCAAGGAAGCUACGAGGCCUAGGAUCAGACAUAGAUGCAAGGAGAAGAUAAUGACGUCUGGCAAACCGACUCCUAAGAGGAGGGGCAGACCAAGGAGGAGUAUUGCUGAUGCUGCACCAAAGAAGAGUGAUUGCACACCACAUGCAUCUAAGGGAAGAGGGAAGAGGAAGUGUGAACCAUCACAGUGGGUGCAGACUCCUUUCACGAGGGGGAAGAAGCCUAAAACAAAGGCUUAGCCUAGGAGAAGCCUUAUGUAUUUAAGAUGUUAAUUUAAGUAUUUUGGAUGUUUAAAACUUGGUAGGAGAAUGCUUUAUGUUUCGAUGUUUAAAACUUGUAAUGCUUUUGAAUGUUGGUAUGUUGCAAAAGAUAGGUUUGGAAAACUAUAUUUACAGAUGUUACUAUGGCAAAAAAUGAAUUAGUUGGAUAACUGGAUUUCCUGGGGGAUUAUUGAGACCAAACCAAAAUAUGUAAACAUGUAAAAUGCCAAAAAAUAGCAAAAACGGAAAACACAUGUAAAAUGCGAAAAUAUUUAAUAUUUAAAAAAGUAAACACAUGUAAAAUGUGCAGCCGCCAUAUUUAUAUUUAGUAUUAUUUUAACACUUAGUAAUACACGGUAAUCUUCAAGGUAUCAGUAAUACUACUAUCCACAUAGUAAUACUUUGGCAAUUUUGACGUUUAUCUAGUUAAACUAUCACACAAUGGAAGAUUUCGUAGUAAAACCAAUGAUUUUACGCCAUAACUAUCAUUAAGAAGGACAUUUACAUAAAUAAGUUACCAGAAAUACGUACUUUGUUUGAUGCUCCUUACUCUACUUGAACCAUUCACACACU